GAUGAAUUAUGGGUGGUUAUGGAAUUUAUGGAAGGAGGAUCCUUAACCGAUAUCGUCACGCAAACAAGGAUGACUGAGCCUCAGAUUGCCACUGUUUCUUUGCAAGUACUUAGAGCUCUGGAAUUUCUUCAUGCUCGUCGAGUUAUUCAUAGGGAUAUCAAGAGUGAUUCUAUACUAUUGAAACGAGAUGGAACUGUAAAGAUUUCUGAUUUUGGCUUCUGUGGACAGCUAUCUGAUGAAUUCCCCAGGCGGAGGUCUCUUGUAGGAACCCCGUAUUGGACAGCUGCCGAGGUAAUUGCACGACAGCCCUAUGAUACUGGUGCCGAUAUUUGGUCGUUUGGUAUAAUGUUGAUUGAGAUGGUUGAAGGUGAACCGCCCCUCUUCAACGAACAACCUUUCCAGGCGAUGAAGAUGAUUCGAGAUGAGCCGCCGCCUACUUUUAAUCCUACUGCAAACGCUAUGAAGAUGAUUCGAGAUGAGCCGCCGCCUACUUUUAAUCCUACUGCAAACGUAUCUCCCGAACUGGCACAUAUGCUUAGUAGAUGUGUGGUGAAGGACCCAGCUAAGAGAGCGACUGCAUCGGAACUCCUCCGACAUCCAUUACUAAAUAAGGCACAGCACCACAGCUGCAUAGCGCACCUUAUUAAUGAUAACAUUAAACCCAAUUAG